AAUAUAUUAUUUAUGUAUUAUUAAAAAAUAUAGUUAAUAAUUUGAUGGCUGUUAAAAAUACUUUAUGAAUUUUAUUUCGAAUUUACCACAAGUAUACCGCUCUGCAUUUAUAUGUUCGUCGCCAUAUUGACGAAAGCAGCUGAUUCUUGAGAAAAUUCAUCAUGCUUACUCCACGGGCUAUUGGCAUUCCAAAAUUAGUAAAAAGAAAUAUUGGAAUAAUGGCACCUGCUAUGCAGAAAGUAGCAGAUCCAAUUCAACAAUUAUUUUUGGAUAAAAUUAGAGAAUACAAAGCAAAAAGCGUAGGAGGAAAAAUGGUUGAUCCUUCACCUGAACUUGAAAGAGAAUUAAAAAAUGAUUUAGAUCGAAUUGCUACACAAUACGGAGGUGGUCCAGGAGUAGAUAUGACAAAGUUUCCAACAUUUAAAUUCGAAGAACCUAAAGUUGAUUAUUCUGCACAAUCAUCAGCAAAGUAAUUCCAAUCUAAUUCUAUUUAAUAUCUAGUAAAAUCAUCAAAAAUUAAUUAUACAUAAUGUCUAUACUAUUUUAGAAGGAAUAAAUUUCCAAAAAUAAU